CAGAAUAUUGACGGGUGCACAUGAUCGAAUCAACUGUACAAAUUGGACUGCCGCCGAGCGCCGACUUACAUGCACUAGAUUGGGAAUUUUUUCAAUAGCACAGGGAUGGAUUGAACGGGUCAUUGUAGGAAAAGAGUAACAUCGGUGUCGGAAUUCUUUAAAAUUUCCCCAAAAGGACGAUUCUGAGAAAUAAGACAGCUGUUCAAGAGUCGGUGUGGGAUGGCCGUUGGAGGAGGAGGAAAGUGGGUCUGUUUCGUCUGCUUCGCUUGACAAAAUUGUAGGGCUGCUCGGUGUUUGAUAUUGAUCGCUUAAUUUUGUUGUGUUUUUGUUUUUGGCUUUGGGAUUACCGAAUUUCUCAAGAUCAAAUGGGAUGUCCAAAAGAAAGAUAUGAAGAGCUUAAGCUACACGAGUCCUUAACAAAUCAAAGCUGCUCUCGUUACCCAUUGGCCUGCAAGGAGCUGGCAUUUAUCCUCAGAAAAGCCUACUCUAAAGCCCCAAAAAAUCUGCAAUCUUUGCUCUUCCAGGACACCCUCGAUGCCUUCCGCCUCCUCCCACAGGUACAGUCGCAAAAUGCCAUCUCAGCAGCUAAUCUCCUCCUCCAGAAUGCCGAGUCUACUCUUCCAAAACAAAAGAAGGUGUUGGCAGUCACAGAAUUCAAACAUGCCAUCGUAUCUUCUAAGAGGCGUAAUAAAGCCCAACAAGAGGAAGAAGGCCCAUGCCAGUUUCCUGAAGAUAUCCUUAUACAUGUCUUCAGUUACUUAGAUUUGCAGUCUUUAGUUUCAGCUGCAAUGGUCUGCAGGUCAUGGAGUUCUGCAGCAUGUGACAACCAUCUAUGGGAGUCACUGUAUGUCAACUUCUUUGGUGGUUCUGAUAAAUACACUGAUACGGUAACUGGAAGUGACAUCUGUAUCAGAGAAAACUUCAAGAGAGUGUAUCAAGAAGUAUCGUCGAAGAAAGUUGCACCAUACAGGGGCUACUGUUGGCACUGUAGUUCAAUAGUGUGGCUCACCGACACUAGAUGUUAUAAUACACAUAUUGGACGAGAUUGCACAAAUCCCAAAGUUAUUCCAGUUUCAAUGGCUCAGAUUGUUGACUACGUAUUGUACGAUUCUCUUCCAUCAGAGUCUUCUUCAGACAGUAGUGAUACUGAUAUAGAUGACCUGUGUGUUCUUAAGAUGUGGGCGUAUGCCAAGUAAAUCGGCCAACCUCUUCUGUGGCAGUACAGACAUAAUAGAAGGUGAAUGUAUAUUUUUUGACAACAGAAUGGUGAAUAAUUAAAUUCUUAAUCCCAUUCGUACCUUCAUACUAGGACCUUCGUUGCUAUAUUGGGUCUGUAAAUGGAACAUUAUCAGAUUGUGGUGCAUGUGAUUAGUAAUACAUGAUCUCUCAGUUCCUUCA